UACUGCAGCAUCGUGCGACCAAGCUUUUUGCCGUUUUUGAAUUCUUCCCAACAUCCUAACCCUGCAUGGGCACGGAAGUUCUUUUGAGUGGACUCAUUCACUCGAAUCAUUUUUUUUUUUUUAAAUAACAUCUGCAUCCGAUUCGGAUGUCAAUAUCAUUUUCAACACCGCUUAUCCUGAUUAGGGUCACGGGGCAUGACUGGCAUUCCCCCGAGCCGCUUGUGAGCAUAAGUGACUUGGAAAAUGGAUGGAUGGAAACGUUAAGAAACGGAUUAUUACAGGAGCAUGUAUUUAGUGUUUAGUGUAGGGGAAGAAAAGAGAACUCGACUAUUUGAAAAUUCCGACCCGGGUUUGGGAAAUUCCGACUUGCCAGUAGAAAUGGAACGCGGCAUCCUCACCGGAAACUGACGUCAGUGUUGUUGUGGCGUUGGACAGGCACGUGACGCGUUGGCGAAAUGGCGGCGGAAGAGUGCGUUCCAAAGGGUUUCCCCACUUAUGCAGUCCCCUCCGUUUUAUUUGAGCUGGAAGGCGUGCUCGUGCGUCCGAGUGGAGACGAAGAUGACGUGGAAGAAGAUUUCCUAGUUUGCGGGUCGCUUCGAAUGAUUGAGAAGGAUGCCGACAUCAUCAUGGAGUUCUCGCCUCUGGAGGAUUCCGUGGACCCUUCGCACAUUUUGUGCGCUGCCAAGGACUCCAGCUCGGUCAUGGAGUGGGUCCAGUGCGCCGGCCGGCCUCCGGGAGAGCGGGGCCAGCAGCUGUUGGAGAGCCAGCACAACUCUGAGACCGAGUGGGACCUGAUCAACGCCGCGUCCUUCAAGAAGAAAUCCUGCGCCGCCGGCGAGGGUUGCGCGACUGGCGGACACGAGCGGAGCAGAUGGUCCUUUUCGGUCAGCCUCGGUCAGCUCGCCGCCGUCACCAUCCAGGAGGACCGCCGCCACCGCGACGCCCCCGUGCUGCGCUUCGUGCUCAAAGGGUCUUCGCCGCUGCCGCCUCUGCGCUUCCACCAGGGCGGCAGCAAAGAGCUCCUGGACAGCUUGAGCAGAGUGGCCACGCUCAGCAAGUGCAAAGAGGACGAGUCCCGUCUGCUGAUCAGCUUCUCCAACAAGGUUCUGAGUCAGUCCUUUGAGAACUUGGUGGACGACAACAACUUCGGCCCGGUCCACAAAUUCCGCAGGGAUCCGUACGUGGCCACGCUGGGCCGCUUCUCUAAAGUCACCAACUACAUUUGCGACGCCUUCCGGGGGACGGAGGAGCAGCACCGGCGCCCGUCGGACGAGGUGGCCCACCUCCUGGGCGAGGUCAUCCCGGUCCUGGAGAUCAACCAGCAGGAGGAGCCGGGCUUCGAGGUCGUCACCAGGGUGGACCUCGGGACGCGGCCGCAGGUGUGGCGGAGCGCGCCCGUCUCAGCGGACGUGUGGAACGGGCAUCAGGACCAGGACGGGCGCUUGAUGCACAUCAGUCGGCUCAAGGAGUCCAUCUUCAGGGGGGGUUUGUGUCAUGCGGUGAGGAAAGAAGCCUGGAAGUUUCUUUUGGGCUACUUUCCGUGGAACAGCACGUUGGACCAGAGGAAAAGUCUGCAGAGAAGCAAAACGGACGAGUAUUUCCGCAUGAAGCUGCAGUGGAAGUCAGUGAGCGAGGAGCAGGAGAGAAGGAAUUCCCGACUUCGAGACUACAGGAGUCUGAUCGAGAAAGACGUCAACCGGACGGACAGAUGCAAUCGGUUCUACGAGGGGAUGGACAACCCGGGUCUGGUCCUCCUGCACGACAUCCUCAUGACGUACUGCAUGUACGACUUCGACCUGGGAUACGUGCAGGGCAUGAGCGACCUCCUGUCGCCGAUCGUCUUUGUGGUGGAGAACGAGGUGGACGCGUUCUGGUGCUUCGUCUCCUUCAUGGACCACAUGCACCAGAACUUUGAGGAGCAGAUGCAGGGGAUGAAGACUCAGCUCAUCCAUCUCAGCGCUCUGCUCAGGCUGCUGGAUCCGUCCUUCUGCAACUAUCUCGAAUCUCAGGAUUCCGGUUAUCUUUAUUUCUGCUUCCGCUGGCUGCUGAUCCGCUUCAAGAGAGAGUUCUCCUUCCACGACGUCCUCAGGCUCUGGGAGGUGAUGUGGACGGGCCUCCCCUGUCAGAACUUUCAUCUUCUGCUCUGCUGCGCCAUCUUGGACUCGGAGAAGAGCAAAAUAAUGGAGGAGCGCUUUGGCUUCAACGAGAUCCUCAAACACGUGAACGAGCUCUCCAUGAAGCUGGACGUUGAAGAAAUCCUUCAGAAGGCAGAAAGCAUCUGGCUGCAGAUCAGCAAGUGUCAGGGCCUGCCUCAGAAUGUGGUCACGAUCACGGGGUUGGACUCGGAAUCCCGCGUUAGCCGCGACUUGAGCGGGCCCGCGGAGACGUCCGUGGCGGGAGCGGGCGUGUUGCAUCGUGACGAACGGACCUGCGCCAACUCCAACGGACAUUUGAGAGCUGUGGACUGCCAGCACCUGAGCGAAGUUGCCUUCAUGUCGUAGCCACCGUUCCAAAUUUUCUACCAUGCGCUCGUUUGCCCUGGUUGACGCCGAACAGGAAGUUGGCGUCAGGACACGUUUGUGAAGGAAAAGACUUUUUUUUUUUUUUUUUUUUUUUUUUUGCACGCGGGUCGUCA